CACUUUACUACAGGCGGCUGGAGCCGCGGCCGUCGCGCCACAAGGGAGGGAGCAGCCUGGCCCGGCACGACCUCGCCCGCAGCUCCCGCCGGCGCCGAAACUCCAGCCCCGCAACCUCGCCGAAACCGCCGCCGGCCCCGGCCUACUUGGAACACGCGGACGGGGCGGGGAUGCUGCUGUCCAAGAUCAAUUCGUUGGCCCACCUGUGCUCGGCGCCCGGCGGGGAUCUGCACCCGGUCAAGCCGCUGCCAGGAAAGGAAAAGGAACCCUUGGAGAAGCUGUACCAAGUGGGCCCGCUGCUGGGCAGUGGCGGCUUCGGCUCUGUCUACUCGGGCACCCGGCUAACAGAUGGCGCUCCGGUGGCCAUCAAGCAUGUGUCCCGUGACCGCGUUUCAGACUGGGGAGAGCUGCCUGGUGGAACGAGAGUGCCCAUGGAGAUCUUGCUCUUGAAAAAAGUCAGCUCAGGAUUUCGAGGGGUGAUCCGGCUUCUGGAUUGGUUUGAGAGGCCAGACAGCUUCAUCUUGGUUUUGGAACGCCCAGACCCUGUGCAGGAUCUCUUUGACUUCAUCACAGAGCGAGGGGCUCUGCCUGAGGAUUUGGCCCGCAGUUUUUUUUGUCAGAUUUUGGAGGCAGUUCGGCAUUGCCACAACUCUGGGGUGCUCCACCGGGAUAUCAAGGAUGAGAAUAUCCUUAUUGAUUUGAGCAGUGGAGAGCUAAAACUUAUAGACUUUGGAUCUGGAGCACUGCUCAAGGACACAGUGUACACUGAUUUCGAUGGGACUCGAGUAUAUAGUCCCCCAGAAUGGAUUCGCUACCACAGGUAUCAUGGCAGAUCUGCAGCUGUCUGGUCACUUGGCGUAUUACUGUAUGACAUGGUCUGUGGUGAUAUCCCCUUUGAACAUGACGAGGAGAUUGUAAGAGGUCAGGUCUAUUUUCGGCAAAGGAUUUCUCCAGAAUGCCAGCAUCUUAUUAAGUGGUGUUUGGCUCUGAGGCCUUCUGACAGGCCAUCCUUCGAAGAUAUUCUGAACCAUUCUUGGAUGCAAGACGUCCUGCUGCCUCAAGAAACAGCUGAGAUCCAUUUGCACAGUCUAAUUCAAGAGUCUAACAAAUAGCAAAAUAUUUAAUCUGUCUGGGUGCAAAACAAAGUUCUGCCCUACUGAGUGGGGAUUUUUACAGGGACAGCAUUCAUCUCAUUCCAGAUCCAGCCUGCCAGGAAACUUUUCCAAGCCUGAAGAAAUCUCAUACUGGUGUUGACUUAAACUCCUGAGAUUCCACCUUGCAAAUCUCCUUGCCACUAGGUGACUUGGGUGAAUCAGUGAGUGUCCAUAACCUACUGAAUCAGAUCCCAGACUAUGAAAUGAGUGGAGCAGAGAGAGAGGGAGAGAGAGAAAGAGCAGAUUUUCUGUUGGGGAAAUCUAGGUACGGGAACAGGGAGGGAAAAUAUUGAUUUGGAUUGGCUGCCUGUCUUCACUGUGUCACCAUGUUCUGAGUGCCUUCAGUUGCAAAACGAGCUGUGCUGGGAGGGAAAAAUACUUGAAAGCUCCUUCACUGCUGCUGUCUCAAGAUUCAUCUGGUUUUGGUUUUAUUCCACCUUUCGAAAAGAACAUCAUCAAAAGAGGCUUUGUAUGAUUCAUUGGCAAAUGCAAGCCAAUGGUUAUCCAGUAUAAACUCUGAUUUUGCUUUUGCAGCCUCUCAAAAGCCAAGGCAUCCUCAAGUGCACAAACAAUGCAACCCCACGGAACUGUAAUUUUGUACAGGAUAAUAUAGGAACAAAGCUUGGUGUACAGAAGAUUGUAGUGUAUAAUGUUUUUACUUCUUUGUUUUUUAAUUUAUUUCCAAGGGUUUUUUUAAAUGAAAUGUCCUUACUUUGAUAGCUUUAUUUAUUUUAUUUAUGAAUCAUGUGGGCUUAUAGUCUACACCUCACUUCUGGUUUUCUGUUACAUUACCCCCCCCUCCCCCCCAGCCAGUUUUCCUUCCCUAGUCCCAGGUUGUAUAUCUUUUGCCUGUUUUGCUCUGAUGUCUUGCCACUAUAUGAAACAGCUUGACCACCUCUUGGCUGUUGUAAAUAAAUAUAUCCUCCUGUGUGGCUGCUCAACCUCUCUGAAUUUUGACACAUGCUUCCAGAGGUAUUGGUGGAGAAGGGCUGGUGCCAUGCGUUUGUAUAUAAUGUUCAUUUAAUGAAAAGUGGGGCAAAAUACCCUGCACUUCAACACUGUCAAGCUUGUAUAAGUAAUUUGGUGUGUAAUCUGCUCGUUUUGUUAAUAGCUAAUACUGUACAGGGAAUUCAGAAAUGCUAUUUUUUAUACAUGCAGUUUUAAAUAAAAAUGGAAUCACUUGA